CUCAGAGCCUGAAAUCGAACCCAAUUGAUACAUGUAUUUUUUACGAUUGUUGAGGACCAACAACCAAAACCCUUUAUCAACCUCGUACUUUCUUACACUAACCAAACUUCAAACACUCACCCAAAACCACCAAAUCUAUGUUCCCUUACAUUCCUAUCAUCAUGAAACACUCACCCAAAACAAUGUCGUCGCUUCGAACAAGCUCAUCGCCAGCUACGCUCGAUCCGGCGACACGGAUUCCGCUGUCCGCGUCUUUGAGAGCAUGAAAGUGAAGUCCACUGUUACCUGGAACUCCAUCCUCUCAGCCUUUGCAAAGAAACAUGGCAACUUCGAGCAAGCCCGCCAACUGUUUGAGAAAAUUCCUGAACCAAACACUGUUUCAUAUAACAUUAUGUUGGCUUGUCAUUUGCACCAUUUUGGCGUUGGUAGUGCACGGGCUUUCUUUGACCGCAUGGAGGUUAAGGAUACAGCGUCUUGGAACACGAUGAUCUCGGGUUAUGCUCAGGUUGGAUUGAUGGGUGAGGCGAGCAUGCUGUUUGCGGUGAUGCCGGAGAAAAACUGUGUCUCGUGGAGUGCGAUGGUAUCUGGGUAUGUUGCUUGUGGGGAUUUAGAUGCUGCUGUGGAGUGUUUCUAUGCUGCUCCGGUGAGGAGCGUGAUCACGUGGACUGCUAUGAUCACUGGCUACAUGAAGUUUGGGAGGGUUGAAUCAGCAGAAAGGUUGUUUCGAGAAAUGUCAUUGAAGACCCUCGUGACAUGGAAUGCUAUGAUUGCUGGGUAUGUUGAGAAUGGAAGAGCAGAGGAUGGGUUGAAGCUUUUCAAGUCAAUGUUGGAAAGUGGGGCUAAGCCUAAUGCUUUGAGCUUGACUAGUGUCUUGUUGGGUUGUAGUAAUUUAUCAGCAUUGCAACUGGGCAAACAAGUACAUCAAUUGGUCUGCAAAUCUCCAUUGAGUAGUGAUACAACCGCCGGAACUUCUCUGAUUAGCAUGUAUGCCAAGUGUGGGGACCUAAAGGAAGCCUGGGAAUUAUUUGUUCAGAUUCCGAGGAAAGAUAUUGUGAGCUGGAACGCGAUGAUUUCUGGUUAUGCUCAGCAUGGAGCUGGUGAAAAGGCUCUUCAUCUGUUUGAUGAGAUGAGACAUGAUGGCAUGAAGCCAGAUUGGAUUACUUUCGUUGCAGUGUUAUUAGCUUGUAACCAUGCAGGGCUGGUAGAUCUUGGGGUCCAGUAUUUUAACAUGAUGGUAAGGGAUUUUGGUAUUAAAACUAAGCCAGAACACUAUGCAUGCAUGGUUGAUCUUCUUGGUCGAGCGGGUAGGUUACCAGAGGCUGUAGAUUUGAUAAAAAGCAUGCCUUUUAAGCCCCAUCCUGCGAUCUUCGGCACACUUCUGGGUGCUUGUAGGAUCCAUAAAAACUUGGACCUUGCUGAGUUUGCUGCCAAGAAUCUGCUUGAGCUUGAUCCUUCUAGUGCAACUGGAUAUGUUCAAUUGGCUAAUGUUUAUGCAGCACAAAACAGAUGGGAGCAUGUUGCUAGGAUCAGAAGAUCCAUGAAAGAAAAUAAAGUCGUGAAGGCACCAGGGUAUAGUUGGAUUGAAAUAAGCAGUGAGGUGCAUGAGUUUAGGUCAAGUGACAGAUUACACCCUGAAUUGGCAUCUAUACAUGAAAAACUAAAUGAAUUGGAGAAGAAAAUGAAGUUGGCAGGGUACGUGCCAGAUCUUGAAUUUGCUUUGCAUGAUGUGGGAGAGGAGCUGAAAGAACAGCUUCUUUUAUGGCACAGUGAGAAACUGGCAAUUGCAUAUGGCCUUUUGAAGGUACCAUUAGGGCUUCCGAUCCGGGUGUUUAAAAACUUGAGAGUUUGUGGUGAUUGCCAUACUGCAAUCAAGUAUAUCUCAGCAAUAGAAGGAAGAGAAAUCAUUGUUAGGGAUACCACAAGGUUUCACCAUUUCAAGGAUGGGUUCUGCUCCUGCAGUGAUUACUGGUAAACUUGAUAGUCUGCACUGAACACAAUGCUAUUAAAUUUAUUCAUGUAAACACAAUGCGGUCAUGCACUGAUGCUCAUCACCUUGAAGUCGAUUUGGUAUCAGUUAUACACUAAAAGGAAUACCAUACCAGACAUUUAGAAGAGUAUGCUUAAUUGCUCUAGCUCAGGAAUAUCAACUGCUAUGUCCUUAUACCCACACCUUACUUGCAGCCUUUUGGACAGUUUGUGAGGUUCGUACGCUCUCUGGGGAAUCAGACAAUGAGAAAGCAGUUGAUUACUGUUUCUUGACACCCGAUGCUUACCAAAAUGUGGCCUCGAGAAAAGAAGAUUGAUAUUUUAACUUCAAAAUCAAAAGGCUUCAUGGGUUGUAGUGGACUGGAAACUGACUCAUUUAUAUCCAUUCUGAGAAUAUCGAUGGCUUACUGUGUCAAAAGUUGGAGAUGCAGCACUCAUCAGGAAAACAGAGACAACCUUUUCUUUGGACAUAGGAUUGUCGAAUUGGGGGAUUCUAUACUAUUGAAUAGGGUAGUCCAACCCCAGAUUGUUUGAAUAUAAAAAUUAUUUAAUUUUGCAAAAUCUUCACACAUAUAUUUUACUUUGUAAAGCUAUUUAUUGAUUAGAAUAAUAUGGCAAUGCAAUGGUACUUUAGAAUA